CGGUGGAGGAGUCUGGAGGUUCUCUGGAAAUUCAGGUUUCCCACCUGUCAGCUGCAAUUUAGCUGCGCAGCGCGCAAGGAGCAGCCGCGGCUGCUGCCCGCUCCCCCCGCAAAGCGCUUUUACACCGCGCCCCUGAUGUCAGCGCGCUAAGCCGGAGCCCCAAUCUUCUCAAAGAGAUGCUGAGCGGAUUACAGGCCAGGAGUUUGCGAACUGCCUCUUCCCCCCAGACCUGCCCUCCUUGCCUGCAGCCUGUCCCCGCUUACCGCCGCCGCUCUGCUGGGCCGGCGGCGCUAAACAGACUCGGACCAGCCCCCGGGGAAUUCCCGAGCGGCAGCAUGCCCCGGGCCGGGGGCGGCCGCCCGCCGGGCUGCCUCAGGGCGACCCACGGGAGGGGUCCGAAACUUGCGUGAGUGGGGCAGAGGGAUCCCCUGCCAGCCUCAGGUUUGCACAGGGAAGAGCCUCAACUCCCGGCGGGGCAGCGCUCGGUGGACGGGUGGGGGCUGCCGGGCGCGCCGGCCGCCGUGAGCGCCCCCCCGGGCAGCGCCCCGCGGGCGGCGGGCGAGGGCGGCCCGGAGGAGCCGCUGGCCGCGGCGCCGGGCGCCGCUCGGUGCGGAGGGGAGCUCCUGCGUCCCGGCCCCGGGGCCACCAUGGUGCUGCUGUCGGGGGACGGGGAGCAGCUGGCCGGGGAGCGGGUCUGCCCCGCGCCGGCGGCGGAGAAGGAGCUGCCCAGCACCGAAGCGGAGAGCAGCCACGAGCAGGGGGCGGCGGGAGCUGCCGCCGAGGGGCUGGACGAAGAAGACGACGAGGAGGAUGAGGAGGAAGAGGACUGCGAGGAGUACGAGGAUUUCUCCGAGCUGCCCGACACCUGCAGCAUCGCCUCGGACGACUCCUUCUACCCGCCGCGGGGGCUGGAGGACGACGAGGAGGACCGCUGGUCCCUGGAGCAAGGGGAUCGCGACAGCCCCGAGACGCUCACCCUCUUCCGAGCCUGCUGCACCAACAACACCAUCGUACUCAAGGCGCUCAUCCGCCAAGGCCCCGAGGAGGAGGAGGUGCGGGAGACCGACCGCAACCGCCGGAAUGGUCUUAUCGUUGCCUGUUACCAAGGUUAUGUGGAUAUUGUGAUAGCCUUAGCGCAAUGCCCUCACCUUGAUGUGAACUGGCAGGACAACGAAGGGAACACGGCUCUAAUUACAGCUGCACAAGCAGGGCACAUAACCAUUACAAACUAUUUGUUGAACUAUUUUCCCGGGCUUGAUAUUGAGAAGAGGAAUGUGUUCGGAUUCACAGCACUGAUGAAAUCUGCGAUGCAGGGCCGAACUGAAUGUGUGAAAGCCCUGAUGUUGGCAGGGGCAAAUGUUCAUGCGACUGACCCAAGCCGUGGACUGACUUCAUGGGAAUGGGCUUGUUACACAGGAAGAUCAGAAUCUGCCUUCAUAAUGCAAAAGCUGAUGGACAGGCCAUGCCCGGAACAGUUUUGUGAUCAAUACAAACCAGAAUGGCCAAAGAUGAAGGAACUUCUUGCCAAGGCUGCAGAGCCAAAAAGCUGUUUGCAGAGGAUUUCUGAGUGUAUGAGAGCAGCUAUCUCAUUCCGGACUUUCUACGGCCCAGAAGAAGACGGAGUCCUUGAUCACAUGGUGAAGGUGACAACAAGCUUGAGCAGUCCCUUCAUUGCUCUGUCAUGCCGGACGGUGUGCCCAGGCAGCCCGCCUUCCGUGGGGAAGCGCAGACUGGCUGUGCAGGAAAUCCUUAGGAAGCAGAGAGCUGAGGAGAUCCGAUCUCAGGACAAAGACCACUUUAGCAGCUAUGAAAAGCUAUUUCAGAACUCCAAGGUCACGCUGAUUCCCAAGAAGAAGGACCGUCGAGCCAGCCUGCAGCCCAUCAGCCUUGCAGUCUCCCAAGUGAGCACUGUGGCCACAAGGAAAGCGAGCCUCUUGCCACUCCACCUGCUUAGACGGAGCAGCGUCCGGCCGGGAUUUGUCAUCCCCAAAGUCCGUAUCAGCAAGGCUCCUCCACCCACCUUCCAGCCAGAAAAGGCGAGAAGGAGGAGCAGUGCAAAGGAUGACCCCUAUUUACAGAUUCCUAAGUGGAGAUACAAGGAGCUCAAAGAGGAGCGGAAGAAGGCAGAGGAACAGGAGAAGAAAAAAGCAGCAGAUGCUCAAAAGCAGAGGCAGGUGUCUCCUGCCAGAUGCAGGACCUGAUUUAAAGGCAGCUGCUUGGAAGGUUUUAGAGCCAUUAGUCUUGCUGUCCAAGCAAGAUGACAGACUGCAUGCCUUUGUGCAUGCCCAUUGCUUAUGGAGCUGGAAUUCUGAAUAAUGGCCUUUCAAGUGGGGGAACACGGCAAGGGCUAGGCCACAGUGUGUCUGAUGGUGGAGCAGGAAGGUGUUUUGAGGUGGAAGACUUACAAAGUUUACCUGUCUGCAGUUGAUAGGAAGUUUUAAGUGUUACAGUCCUCUGUGGUUUCAUUUUUUUCCAGUUCCAGGUGAAUGACUGAGAAACAGCUUGAGAAAUUACAUGUGUGCAAAAGGAUUGUAUUUUGUGUUUGUUCAUUUUGUAAUGGACAAAAUUAAGGAGCUGUGCUUUCGACACUAGACAUUCCUCCCUCUCCUUGCUUAGGUAGACACAUUGCAAGGUUUUAUAGUCAUAAAGAAAAGUUUUAAAUAUACCACAGUUUUGGUGGGGAGUGAAAAUCCAGGUCUGCAAUUGUUUUGAAUAUAACAAGCACUUUAUUUUAUUUCCAGUAAUCAAAAUUUAAGACAGGAUAGGUAUUUAACUGUACAGCUCUAUACAGUCUGUAUGGUUUCAGUUCUUUAUGCUAUUGUUUGUUGUGUUGAAUAUAAAAAGGGCUGCAUAUGAAAUAUUUCUGUGGUUAAGAUAUUCACAUCCUCUGCAGGUAUAAAUCAGGGGCAGGGACCAAUUUCUCUGGAGCAACAGAGAAGCUGAGCUAAUUUUUUAAUGCCACCUUCACCUAAGAUUUGUUUCCCCCAUUAAGUUUCCCUGCAUCGGCUAUCUGUUGUCUCCUCUUUAGUCUCAGGGAUUAUUUUGUCACUAUGUUUAACUGUGAAAAAAGGGAGAUGGUGGGCUUUUUUUUUGGGGUUGGUAUUUAGGUUCCCGUUAAAAGACCCCACCAGAUUUAUUGUGAACCUUUACAUCUUAUAGUCAGGACAGGAAAAUUAUGCAGCUUCCAGAAGUUCAAGCAAUUUUCCCAGGUAUCAAAUCCAGCCAUAUGUUAUGAACAUCAAGUCAAGAGAUGCAGGAACAGGCAGCUCACCCAGUAACUUUUGGACACUUUGACCAGAUAUCACUGUGAGCUUUGGUAGUACACCUCCGAGUGCCCAGAGAGGGCAGUACCUCAUCCCUCUGUCUCAACACUGGGAGAAAACCUUCCCUAGUACAUGAGGGCAUCUCGAAGUGGCAAUUCCCACAGGAUGCUGGAGGUUCUUGGGGUCUGCCUUAAGGCUUCAUUUGGUUUUACCAGCAGUCAGUCUGAAUGGCAUGCCAAACCCUGGCAAACUCCAAUAAGGAAGGGCUGUAAACCUGCUGCUUGCUAAAGAAAGACCAUGUUCAUGAAAGUAGAGGUCAAACACAAACAGCAAGCCACACAGCACACACUCAGGCUAUGGUGUUACUCAGGCUUUGCUCCCAUUUGAAAUGAAAUGUGCUGUGGUGUGUUCUCCUAAUGGUGUUGCUCUCUUGGAGCCCAGGCAGACCCCAGCUGCUGCUAUCACCAUCUUCUCACUUCAGUUAAACAGAGGGAAAGCUUUACCAUCCUUUACUUCCACAGGACAAAGACUAUCUGGGGCCUCACUGAGCUUGUAAUGAAACCGUAUGUGUCAUGGGAGAAAUAAAUUCAGUUGAUUGAAAGCUAACGCUUAGAUUGGUAUUGUUAACUAACGUCUGUGGGGCUGGGGCUCAGCAGAGGUUAUCGCAGACGUGAAAUAAGGAUUUUCCAUACAGCCACUUCUUUGUCCCUCUCACUGGGGUGGCUGUGCUGGCUAGACUGCAUUGCCAAGUAGCCUCCCAGGUCAGAGUUGAGGGAAUAUGCACCCUGCUAAUAAACCUCCCCAGCCCUGUACAUAUAAGGAGGAUUUUAGUCUGCAGGUGCAUCAGCGCUGUGCAAUGCAUUGGCACCAGUUUUGUAAUGGAUUUGGUGUGACCAGAAUAUAAGCUGAACUCGUUUCUUUGGAGAGUAGGAAGACAAUCUUUUAGCUGUCUGUGGCAAAGAUAUUAGGAUGGUUUUUUAAUUGGUACAUUGGAUUGAAUGGUCUAACUGUUAAUUUUUGUUUACUGCCAGUGCAGCAUACUGAAGACUUAGCACUCAGAUUCAGUAUCUGAAAAGCAACCUGCACUGCAGGUGAACACUUUAAUUUGCACUCUUGGUGUCACUUGCAGGAGACAUACAAUUGACAGGUGCUCUCAGGGAUUAACAUACAGUGUGUUAGAAUUAGGGGCUGACAAUGAAGCCUGUUUUCUAACCCUUUGUACUUUACUGUGUAUAUGUGUAUAAAUAUGUGAUUUCCAUUAAAAAAAAGCACAAGCUCUUUAA